AUGAAUAAUGAUUUACUAUAUUAUAUCAUAUCAUGUGGGAAAGCCAUUCUAGUAUCUGUUAUAUCAACUACUGCAGUUGCGUUCAGCUUGACUCUUUACACAUUUUGGGCCGCAAAGAGAGGUCAUGAUUUCAGCAUUUUGGGCCGAUUCUUGUUCGAGGCUUUGUUGGUUCUUAUUCUCUUUGCUCUGAUUCUGGUUCAGUUUCCAUUGGAUAAGUUGUCACAUGUGAUCUAUGGGUGUCUUGUAGCUAUUAUAUUUUAUGGCCACAUUUUCGUUGACACAGACAACCUUAACAAGAAGUUCUCAAAUGAUGAGUACAUUUUGGCUUCAGUUUUCUUGUAUCAAAACAUCAUCCCCUUCUACUUUUGUAUACUUCUUAUUUUUACCCACAUUUUCUCUUCCACCAAAGAAAAAUUGGUGAAUGGAAUGGGUUUGUCCGAAAAACUGCACAAGAAACUUUGA